AUGAGAGUCCUCAUUAUUGGAGGAUCCAUCGCCGGUCUCACACUCGCCCACUGCUUGGAAAAGGCCAAGAUUGACUAUGUCCUGCUGGAGAAGAAGGAGGAGAUCGCCCCUCAGGAAGGAGCAUCCAUCGGUAUCAUGCCCAAUGGCGGCCGAAUCAUGGAACAGCUUGGGUUAUACCACCAGAUCGAGCAGCUGAUCGAGCCUUUGGCGAGGGCGCAUGUAACCUACCCCGAUGGCUUUCACUUUACUAGUCAGUAUCCUGCACUGUUGCAGCAGCGGUUCGGCUACCCUCUUGCAUUCUUGGAUCGACAGAAGUUGCUGCAGAUCCUAGCGACUGGGCCGGUCCAAUCCGGCCGAGUGAAACUCGGUCACCAAGUCGUGAACAUCGAGAGUACUCAAGAUGGAGUCACCGUGCGAACAAGCAACGGACACGUCUACCAGGGCGAUCUUGUCGUCGGCGCAGAUGGAGUACACAGUCGGAUACGGGCAGAGAUGUGGCGAUUGGCCAAGGCAUCACAGGGGGAGAUCUUUCGGAGUGAAUACAAUAAGUUGACGAUCAACUAUGCCUGUAUCUUUGGAAUCUCAUCACCAGUCGAUCAACUGGAACCAGGGGAGCAAAUCACCUGUUACAAUGACGGGUGGAGUAUCCUCAGCGUGAUCGGCCAGAAUGGCAGGGUCUUUUGGUUCCUCUUUAUCAAACUCGAAAAGGAAUCCGUCUAUGAUGGAUCACGCAAAAAUGUGCCUCGCUUCAGCCCCGCAGACGCCCGAGCCCACUGUGAGAGAUUGGUGCAUGAGCCAGUCUGGAAUGGUGUCGAAUUCGGCCAUGUCUGGGCGCAAUGCGAGGUCUUCCAGAUGACACCUUUGGAGGAAGGUCUAUUCAGCAAAUGGCACUGGAGGAACAUCAUCUGCAUUGGAGACAGCAUGCACAAGUUCGCACCCCAUAUCGGACAGGGUGCCAAUUGCGCCAUCGAGGAUGCAGCACAGCUCAGCAACAGGUUACGGACUUGGCUGUACGGCUGUGGACCCGACGAUCCGCCCGCAGCUGCUGAUCUGUCAGAGGUUCUGGCUGGCUUCGUCGAGGGUCGCCUCCGUCGGCUAGGCCCGGUGGCCGUCGCUGCUCGAUCGGCCAUGCGUCUCCACUCGCGGCAAGGGCUCAAGAAUCGGAUCUUGGGACGCUAUCUCUUGCCCUACGCUGGAGAUAAGCCGGCGGACUGGGCCUCCCGAGGCAUCGCUGGUGGUAUUACCUUGGAAUUUGUGGAGCCACCCGAGCGGUCUGGUCCUGGCUGGAUCCAGUUCAGCCAGCCACGCAAGAGGCCUACAUUUUCUCUGACGGUGGCAGGUCUGUGCCUAGUGGCUAUUGUGAUCCGGAUGCUGCAUUCCACAUUGGUUGUAUAG